CUAAGGCGUAUAAGGAUUAUAAACAUUUAUUAAUUACUUAAAAAUGUGUAAGAAGUGAAAAUAUUGUUUAUUUUUGCCUUUAAUAAUUUUGGAUUUUUAGAACAUGGAUGUUCGACUUAGACAUGGAUAUAGGAAUAGUCAAGAAUCAGAAACCACCACAAAUGUUGGUUGGGACGUUUUCUUGGACACCCCGCGAAAACCGGAAGUCGGUUCCACAGCCAGCACAAAAACAAUAGACGUAUCAGAAAAACUUCUGAGAAUAUUUACAUAUGGCGUCAAUUUCAUCGCAGUUCUUGGAUUCGCCGUCCUCUCCAAAGGCACCACUCUUUUCAUGACAUCCCAAAUCAAACCGAACGCUACGAGAUAUUACUGCAAAAAGUUGGCCUUGGACCCAAAACAACAAUUUCGAGUGACCUUACCCCUCGAAGAAAGAAGUCAAUGGAUUUGGAUGCUCUUAUUCGCCUACUUUGUUCCCGAGCUGGGAACCUUCGUCAGGUCUCUCAGGAUUUGCUAUUUCAAGACGGUCUCAAGUAAACCGACAUGGACCGAAUGGCUAUCGUUGUUUGUCACGGAAAUUUGCCCGGCCAUAGGCAGCGCCUUGUUGAUUUUUGUCGUCCUACCCGAACUGGAUGUAAUCAAGGGUGCCAUGCUGACCAAUGCUGUCUGUUUGGUGCCCGGUUUAGUCGCAUUUCUAUCCAGAGACCCAGCCUGUAAGAGGAGCCUCAUCCCCAUGAUUCUGGACGUUGCAAGUUUGGCCUGUCAAACUGUAGCCUUGGUGCUAUGGCCUUUAAUAGAAGGCAAACUAAUUCUUUACACGAUAACAGCAUCGGUUUUGCUCAUUUCCGUUGGUUGGUGGGAGAACUUUGUUUCAAAGGAAUCGCCUUACUUCAAAAAAUUCACGACCUCAAGGCUUGUUUUGGAAAAUAAAACGUACUUUAUGUACCUAUUUUUGGCGCCUAUGAAAUGCUUGGCAUUUUUUAUCACUGCGUGUGUGAUACUGGUGAUCCAAGAUGGCGAUAUUGGGUUUUUGUUUAGAAUGGACGACGCUUUUUCGUCGCAUAACAUCAACAUCACAGAGAUAAUCCCCAUAGUUGGAUCAUCUUCCAUACAUCUGGAAGAUGCCAUAAGUACUGGCUAUAAUUUCUACACCACUACGAAUGUUAUGACACCUAUAUGGGUUUGGUUGAUAAACAUACUUGCGACAUAUCUUUGCUAUGCCUUUGGAAAAUUUUCCUGUAAGAUUUUGAUGCAAAGUUUCUGCUUCGCUUUUCCUAUCAAUUUGACUGUACCUGUGGUGAUUGCGGCUUUGAUAGGGAUGAGUGGUGAAUACAAUGUGGAUGUUUGCGCGUAUAGGAAUAUUAUUCCAGAAUACCUAUUUUUCAAUACGCCGUCGAUAUACUUUUUAAGCGAGUUCAUAGGAAGUCAGUACUCAUGGAUUUGGGUUUUAUGGCUUUUUUCACAAUCAUGGAUUACUAUUCACAUCUGGUACCCUCAUGUCGAUGAUAAAUUGGCGCGUACAGAAAAGUUAUUCUACAAGCCUAUGUAUGAUGCUUUUCUAAUUGAUCAGUCGAUCGCCUUAAAUAGAAGAAGGAACCAUCCAAAUAAAGAGAAAUCGGAAGUAGGCGACGGGAUGGUAGACAUGACAGAUGAAAACUCUUAUCCACGAAUCUAUGCUUGCGGAACCAUGUGGCACGAAGAAAGAGAAGAAAUGAUGGAAUUUUUAAAAUCCAUAAUACGCCUCGAUAAAGAACAAUUUAAACUAAAAAAACAGAAAGAUUUUCAAGACGAUAUACCACGAAAUUAUUUCGAACUAGAAACUCACAUAUUCUUCGAUGAUGCUUUCGUGUUAAAGAAGAAGAAAAGGCAGGAACCUGAAAUACACGUGAACCGUUUCGUGAAGGAUCUCAUCGAAGUCGUUUCUAAAGCCCCUGCGGAAGUUUUGGGCAUCGAAAAGUUCAUCAUGGCACCCCCAAUAAAAACCCCUACUCCAUACGGUGGCAGAUUAGAAUGGACUUUGCCUGGAGGAACCAAAAUGUACGCUCAUUUAAAAGACAAAAGCAAGAUAAGACCUAAGAAGAGGUGGUCCCAGGUCAUGUACAUGUACUAUUUACUAGGACAUAAGCUUAUAGAUAGAAAGGAUUUAACCAACGCAGAAAAGGUUAUUAUAUCCGCAAACACUUAUAUCCUGGCUCUCGAUGGAGAUAUCGACUUUCAGCCUAAAGCAGUGCAUGCUUUAAUAGAUUUGAUGAAAAAAACUCCAACCUUGGGCGCAGCAUGUGGUAGAAUACAUCCUAUAGGACACGGAGCAAUGGCUUGGUAUCAAAUAUUUGAGUACGCGGUUGGUCAUUGGCUUCAAAAAGCCACCGAGCACGUUAUAGGUUGCGUUUUGUGUAGCCCAGGUUGUUUCUCGUUGUUCAGAGGCACUGCUCUUAUGGGCGAUUCGGUCAUGAAGAAAUAUACCACCGUUGCCACAGAGCCCAUACAUUUAGUGCAAUAUGAUCAAGGAGAGGACAGAUGGUUGUGCACCUUACUCCUUCAGCAAGGCUACCGAGUAGAAUACUCGGCGGCUUCGGACUCUUAUACUCACUGUCCAGAGGGAUUCAACGAGUUCUACAAUCAGAGGCGAAGGUGGAUGCCGUCGACGACAGCGAACAUCAUCGAUUUGCUGCAAGAUGCCAAGCACACGGUCAAAAUAAACGACAACAUCUCGCAGAUGUACAUUUUCUAUCAGGUCGUCAUGCUGAUUGGUACUGUGCUGGGUUCUGGUACCAUUUUCCUGAUGCUGGUGGGUGCCUUCGUCGCGGCCUUCAAGCUGGAUCAAUGGACAAGUUUUGGUUACAACUUGGUGCCUAUUCUUGUCUUCGUUAUUAUAUGUGCAACGUGUAAAGCAGACACUCAGUUAUUUUUUGCUGGUCUUAUAAGCGCUGUAUACGGUCUGAUCAUGAUGGCUGUACUUGUUGGAGUUUUACUCCAAAUCAAAGACGACGGUUGGUUUGCUCCGUCCACGUUAUUUUUCUUUAUGAUGGCCGGAGAAUUUAUAGUAACGGCUUUACUACAUCCUAGCGAAUUCUACUGCCUCAAAUACGGCGUUAUAUACUAUGUAACAGUACCUAGUAUGUACAUGUUGCUGGUUAUUUACUCUGUAUUUAACAUGAACAACGUUUCCUGGGGUACUAGAGAUGUGACUGUCGAAGAAGAAGAAGAGGAGGAUAAGGAUGAGGAUAAGGAAGAACAAGACAAGAACGCUAAAAAAGAUGAAAAGAAAAUUUUCUCUUAUUUUGGAGCAGACAACGACCAAGAUGCUGGGUCUAUAGAAUUUUCUUUUGCAGGGUUGUUUAAAUUAAUGUUUUGUACACACAAAAGCAAAGAUAAUGAACAACUUAUCCUAAUACAGACAAAACUGGAAAUGUUGAUGAAGAAACUUGAUCAUAUAGAAACUGUUAAGUUGGAAGAAAAAAAUCCUAAAAUCGAUGAACCUGCUAAACCAGCUGAAGUACAAGGAGAUACAUUAUCCAUAGAUUCGUACAACUUCAAUCGGUGGAUGGAGACCGAACUUUUGGAUCAAAGCAAAACGAAAUUGUUGGAUGAAGACGAGAAAAACUUUUGGAAUCAAUUGAUCGAAAAAUAUCUACAUCCUUUGGAUGAAAAAAGCAAAGCAAAAGAGUUAACAAAAAGUUUAAACGACCUAAGAGACAAAACAACCUUCACCUUUUUCAUGAUUAACUCCUUAUUUGUUUUGGUCGUAUUUCUACUAACUCUGGAAAAAGAUAUGCUUUACUUGCCUUGGCCUUUAGAUCCCAAAGUUAAUUUUACUUAUCAGGAAAACAUAGAAACAAUUGAAAUAAAUAUAGAUCCACUGAAAUUGGAACCAAUAGGAUUCGUAUUUUUGAUAUUUUUCUUCCUUCUAUUAGUCAUACAGUUUGUGGGCAUGUUUGUCCACAGAUUUGGAACUUUUACUCAAAUCAUGUCAAAUACAGAUAUUAGUUUUGCUAACGAAGAAACGGAAGAAAAAAAUAUCAACGACGCAAUUGACGCAGCAACAAAAAUAAGAAAAGAAGUAGAAAAAGUCGAUCGGAGAAAAACCAUUAAAACUUUGUUGGAAAAACCCGAAAUGGCACCUGUAACCAGUUUAGAAGACGCGUUUGAGAAAAACUGGGAUUAUAACAUGAAUAAAAACCCUGAUCCAGUUAUUAGAAGAAAAACAGUGUUGGCUGGGAAAAGACCUGAUACUAUUUAUCACGAGGCGUUAAAAUCCGAAAUGUAUUCCAACGAGUGCGCAUGA